AACAAAUUUCAGUAUCAGCUACUGCAAAACUCAAAUUAUUUGCCACACUAUCAGAACCAGAGCUCUUACCGGCCUUCAAUGGCGUCUCCGGCGAUUGCGCCGAGACCAGCUUCAUUAUCUUCUCCUCCUCCUCCCUUUCUUCUCUCUUUUCCUUCUCCUCCCAAGCGAACGUUCGACGUUUUCCUCAGCCACAGAGUCGAAGACACCGGCCGUGGUUUUGCCGCCGAUCUCCACGAUGUUCUAACGGUUCAAGGAAUCGUCGUUUUUAAAGACGACGGAGCGAGACCUGUGACCGAAAUGCUGAGGGCGGUCGAGGAAUCGAGGGCUUCGAUCGUGGUUUUCUCCGAGAACUACGUGGAUCGGAUUCGAAUGAAGGAACUGGCGAAGAUCGUAAUGUGUAAGGAGAUGAUGAAUCAGUUGGUUCUUCCAAUUUUCUAUCAGAUUGAUCCAGCCAAUGUGAGGAAGCAGCAGGGGAACUUUGAGAAGCCGUUUUGUGAACAUGAAGAGAAUGAUAUUAAAGAAGUUCAAACAUGGAGGGAUUCCAUGAACCAAGUUGGCCAUCUCUCUGGAUGGCAUCUCAAAGACUCGCAGUCCGAAGCAGUGGCCAUUAAAGAAGUUGUGAAGCAUGUUUUUAACAAAUUGCGUCCUGAUUUGUUUCGUUAUGACGGUAAGUUGGUUGGAAUUAGCUCAAGAUUACACCAAGUAAACAUGCUUUUGGGCAUAGGAUUGGAUGAUGUGCGAUUUAUUGGAAUAUGGGGUAUGGGUGGAAUUGGCAAAACAACCAUCGCUAGAAUUAUAUACAAAAGCGUGUCCCAUUUAUUUGAAGGAUGUUACUUUUUGGACAGAGUCAAAGAAGCUUUAAAGGAGGAAAGCUUGACUUCAUUGCAAGAAAAACUUUUAUCAGGGGCUCUAAUGAAAAGAAACAUUGAGAUCCCAGAUGGCGAUGGAGCCACAUCGAUCAAGAGAAGAAUAAGCAAUCUAAAGGCUCUUAUAAUUAUUGACGAUGUUAAUCAUCUAAGCCAACUYCAAAAGUUGGCGGGAGGGUACGAUUGGUUUGGUCCAGGAAGUCGAGUCAUCGUUACGACGAGAGACGAACAUCUCCUCAUUUCUCAUGGAAUUGAAAGAAGAUACAAUGUUGAGGGUCUAAACAUUGAUGAGUCUCUUCAACUUUUUUCCCAGAAGGCAUUUCUUGCAGACCAUCCGAAGGAAGGCUAUUUUGACCUUUCAAGCCAAGUUGUGGACUAUGCUGGAGGGCUUCCAUUGGCAAUUGAGGUUCUUGGAUCCUCUUUGCGUGAUAAGCCAAUGGAGGCAUGGGAAAAUGCAGUGGAUAAGUUGAAGGAAGUUCGUGAUAUGGAGAUCCUUGAAAAGUUAAAAAUUAGUUAUUAUAUGUUGGAAGAGUCUGAGCAGAAAAUUUUUCUAGACAUUGCAUGUUUUUUUAAGAGGAAGAGCAAGCGACAAGCAGUAGAAAUUCUGCAGAGCUUUGGAUUUCCUGCUGUGCUUGGGCUAGAAAUUUUGGAGGAGAAAUCACUUAUUACUGCUCCACAUGAUAAGAUACAAAUGCAUGACUUGAUCCAAGAAAUGGGUCAGGAAAUUGUUCGCCAAAAGUUUCCUAAUGAUCCUGAAAAACGAAGCAGGUUGUGGCUUCGUGAGGAUAUAAAUCUUGCUCUAAGUCGUGAUCAGGGAACAGAAGCCAUUGAAGGCAUAAUGAUGGAUUCAAGUGAGAAGGGGGAGUCACAGUUGAAUCCCAAGUCAUUUUCAGCAAUGACCAAUCUCAGAGUGUUGAAAGUUAAUAAUGUUUACCUUAACGGAGAACUUGAAUAUCUCUCUGAUCAGCUGCGGUUUCUCAAUUGGCAUGGAUACCCUUUAAAGUGUUUACCAUCAAAUUUCCAUCCCAAAAGCCUAUUAGAACUUGAGUUGCCCUGCAGCUGCAUUGAGCAUCUUUGGAAGGGCUCAAAGAGCUUAGAUAAAUUAAAAGUGAUAAAUCUCAGUGACUCCCAAUUCCUAUCCAAGACCCCAGAUUUGUCCGGGGUUCCAAAUCUUGAAAGAUUGAUUUUGAGUGGUUGUGUAAGAUUGUUGGAGCUACACCAAUCUUUAGGCACUCUAAAGCAUCUAAUCCAGUUGGAUCUCAAAGAUUGCAAGCAACUCACAACUAUUCCCUUCAACCUCAGCCUAGAAUCCCUCAACAUUUUGGUUCUCUCAGGCUGUUCAAGUCUCAAAAAUUUUCCAAAGGUUUCAGCAAACAUGAACCAUUUAUCAGAGCUUCAUCUAGAUCGAACUUCCAUAAGAAUAUUACACCCAUCAAUAGGACAUUUAACAGGACUUGUUCUAUUAAAUCUUAAAAACUGCAAAUACCUCGUCCAACUUCCAACCACUAUUGGUUGCUUAACAUCCCUCAAAAUUCUCUCACUUCGUGGCUGCUCAAAGCUUGAUAGAAUUCCAGAGAGCUUAGGAAAUAUUUCUUCCUUGGAGAAGCUUGAUCUCACUGGUACUUGUAUAAACCAAGCCCCAUUUUCUCUCCAACUUUUGACAAGUCUUGAGAUUCUAAAUUGCCAAGGGCUGUCUCGUAAUUUUCUCCACUCACUAUUCCCUUGUUUGGGUUUCUCAAGGAACUACUCACAAUCUUCUCAAGGCUUGAAGCUGACAAAUUGCUUUAGUUUUGGGUCUUGUUUAAGGGUUUUGAAUUUGAGUGAUUGCAAUUUGUGGGAUGGGGACAUACCUAAUGAUCUUCUUCGUGGGUUGUGUUCAUUGGAAAUUCUUCAUCUGAGCCAAAACCAUUUUACCAUAUUGCCUGAGAGCAUUUCUCAGCUUACUAAUUUGAGGGAUCUUUUUUUGGAGGAAUGUGGUAAUCUUCAGUCAUUGCCAAAGCUGCCACUCAGUGUUAGAGAUGUGGAGGCGAGGGAUUGUGUUUCACUUAAGGAAUAUUACAAUCAAGAGAAACAUAUUCCUUCGAGUGAAAUGGGGAUGACUUUUAUUCGUUGUCCCAUAUCGACUGAGCCAGCUGAAAGCUACAAAGUUGAUCAGCUGGGCCUCUCUGCGAUUCACCUAAGGACUAUGGCUCAACGAUACCUAGAGGUACUUACAUGGCAACAAGAGAAAUAUUAUUUUGUGAUUCCCUAUCCCAACUUCAUAGCAUGCUUUGAUGACAAAAGGUAUGGAUUCUCAAUCACGGCCCACUGCUCUCCAGAUUACACAUCUGAAGAGAACCCAAGAAUCGGAAUAGCUCUAGGCGCUGCAUUUGAAGUCCAGAAACACCAAAACAACAACAAUAAUUCAAAACUUUCUUGUGAUUUCAUAAUCCGGAUGGAAACAGACGAAUGCCCUCUAAAAUCGGCCCUAGUAAUCGAUGGCAACACAGAUGAACUGGAUUCGCCACAUGGGCUGGUGGUUUUUUACAUUCCAAUGACAAAAAUUUCAGAAUGGUUGAACCAAUGUUGCUGUAUUGAUGUGUCCAUAAUCACUGAUAACCCAUUGGUGAAGGUCAAGUGGUGUGGUGCCUCGAUUCUGUAUGAACAAAACGCAGGGAAGUUCAUUGGGAGGAUUAUUAAGAGUUUUUUUGGGUCUCCUGGGAAAUACCAUACGUCCAUUGUUGAUCAUAUAUUGAAUCGUCAGAAGCGUGUGGAUGUUUCUAGUUUGUUGGAUGGUGGAGCCCGUUACAAGACUUGCUGGUUAAAUGCAUUGCAAAGGACAAUUGGCUCAUUUCCAAGACUUCGACCGAGUAGACCACCACCUGAGGUUAUAGAGGAUUGUUCCACUAGUACCAAUGCAUCUGUUGAGGCUCAGGAAAAUGAAAGUGACUCCAUUAUCAUGUUGAAAAGAAACCUCAAGGCAGUGCUUCUAAGAACUUUUGAGGAAUUGAAGCUUUAUGGCGAAUACUUUGUUUUUCCCCAAAAAGAAAUUUCAAGAAGUUGGUUCACUCUUCAACUAAAGAAGCCCAAAGUCACUAUCAAGGUACCUCCAAAUUUGCACAAAGACAAGAAAUGGAUGGGAUUGGCCUUCUUUGUAGUAUUUGCAGUAGAUGAGAAGUCAACAAAAUCCCAUUCCUUCUCUUAUCAAGUGGAAAAUGAUGAAUACACAAUGCAACGUGAAUCAAUACUCUACUUGAACAAAGAGAUGUUCAAUGAUUACCACCAACUUUGGUUGUUCUAUGAGCCUCGUGCUGUUUACCCGUAUAGAUUAAAUCAUUGGAGGCAUCUCUGUGUUUCAUUUUUAUCCAAUAACCCAGACUUGAAAGCUGUGGCUUGUGGUGCACGUCUAGUUUAUAAGCAAGAUCUUGAAGGGUUUAUCCAGAUGAUUAUAAACAAUGUGCUGAGUUGUCCACCGGAUUUGCAUGGAUUUUAUGACCAAGUUUAUGUUGAAGCUAUGUUGAGGAUGAUACAUUUUCAUAAGUAUGAUCCAAAGGAAAAGGAAGAACAAAGAAGACAAGAUUUGUGUUUGGAACAGUGGGAGGCUGAACAAAAUCUUAAUGGUCAUUCUGAUCAAGAUUAUUCAGCUCAAAAUUUGGGAGGGAACCACAUUUUGCAACUCAAGGAAAGCAUUCCUUCUUUCCUUCAAAAGGAUUUAAAGGAUCGAUUCGGAACCACUUUCGACUUCGUUAUUCCUAGGCGACACAUUCCCCAGUUGUUUAAUCAACAAUCAACAAAGAAUUAUACAGCCAUCGAACUCCCUCCAAGUCUGUACACUAAUAGUAAUUGGAUUGGAUUUGCAGUUUGCACACUUUUCCAAGUCAACAAGCAUCCAACUGCAAUUCUCAACAAUCUUCGUUCAGCUUCAAGACAUGAACUUAUAUGUCAAUUUGCAGUUGAGAAUGGAUUAAUCGAGCCAUUCCACAUUCAUACUAUCACCGAGGACACAUUCAUUUGGCUUCAUGAACGACAGUUUGUUUGGCUCUAUUACAGCCCAAAAAAUACAUAUGGUAACAUUUUUCGCCACAAGUCUCAUAUUUGGGCAAUUAUCGAAGCUGAUACCCCAGACUUGACUGUACGAUGUUGUGGACUCCAAUUAGUAUACAACCAAGAUGUGGAAAAGAUUGACAAGAUGUUGAUGGAAGCAAUACAAUCAUCUUAAACAAGCAGCAAAUAAAAGCGUUGUUCACGAGGAACCAAUGUUGUCUUUGUUAAGUGUGUCCAAACCGUAUUUGUUAUUUACCUGAGAUCUUGCAUGAUAAAGAUAUGAGAUUUUGUGAAUCGGUUACAAUACAUGUGGCAUUUACCUUUACAUUGUAUCGGAGUCUCAGACAUUCGACUCCUCCUAUUAAUCCUAACAAAUUCUUGGAAAAUAUUGGAUUAUGAGUAGAAAUUCGGGCU